AUACAAAGAACAAUCAUGAAGACCAUCAUCGUACUAGUGGUAGCCAUUGCGGCCAUUGCCUAUGCUCAAGAUAAGUACACCACCAAGUAUGAUAACAUUGAUUUGGACCAGAUCCUGAAGAGUGACAGGCUCCUCAACAACUACGUCAACUGUCUCUUGGAUAAGGGCAACUGCAGUCCAGAUGGUGCCGAACUUAAAAAGGUUUUGCCAGACGCUUUGAACACCGAAUGUGCCAAAUGUAGCGACAAACAAAAGGCUGGAAGCAGGAAGAUCAUUCACUACUUGAUCGACAACAAACGUGACUUGUGGAACCAACUCGAAGCUAAAUAUGACAAAGAUGGCCACUACAGGAAGAAGUACGAAAGCGAAGCUCAAAGAGAAGGAAUCAGAUUAUAAAUAGAUUUAAGAUAAUAUUUAUGUUAGUAUAAUUUCAUGCAUCAAAUAAAGCAAUAACAUAACA